GGAAACAAGCGUAGAGAAUGUGAAUGAUAGAGCCAGUAAGGUUUCACCAGGUUGCUUUGUUCAGCUCACUGGCCUUCCUCCCAUCUCUUUGUAAGAAGAGGAGGCCACGGAUUUCGGCUCAACGCUACCAUGAUCCUCAGGGUGCUCCUCAUCCUCAGCUUCUUCCCUUUGGUUCAACUAACAGACAAGAUUUUGGUCAAACAGCCACCCUGGCUUAUAGCUGAUAAUCAUGAAGCGGUAACCCUUGCCUGUAACUACACCUAUGAUAAAAUUCCAAGUGAAUUUCGAGCUUCGCUCCAAAAGGGAACAAACAGUGCCCUUGAAGUCUGUUUUGUGUAUGUAAAUGGAACCCAUAAGCCCUUGCUUUCCUCAACUGAGGACUUCAGCUGCAAUGUGGAUUUUGAUAACAAAACAGUGAAGUUCCAACUCUGGAAUAUGAGUGUCAACCAAACGGAUAUUUACUUCUGUAAAAUCGAAUUCAUGUAUCCUCCUCCAUAUCUCUCCAAUGAAAAGAUCAAUGGAACCAUCAUCUACGUGAAAGAGAAGGAGGUCUGUCCAACUCCUGGAACUCCUGAGUCUCCAAAGCCCUUUUGGGCAGUUGUUGCGGCUUUAUGUGUCCUUGCUUCCUAUAGCAUGUUAAUUACAGUGGCUUUUUUUAACUGCUGGUUGAAGAGCAAAAAGAACAGGAUUCUCCACAGUGACUACAUGAACAUGACCCCUCGGAGACCAGGACCAACCAAAAAACAUUAUCAACCUUAUGCUCCAACUAGGGACUAUGCUGCCUAUCGAUCCUGACACAGACGCCUAUCCAGAAGCAAGCCGGCUAACAUCCCUACAUCUCCUCAACCCUAUUUGUCUGGAUAGGAAGUGAUCACCUCCCAUCACUAGCCGGUUAUAUUUGACCUUUUGCAGGCCACUCAUGCCUCUUUCACGCAGAGAAUAACCCAAAUAUUUAAGAUCAUUUUAUAAUAUUAUGAAAGAGGGACUCCCAAAACAUUUUUUUUUUCAGGAAUAGGCAAGUUCAAUUUUAGCAAGCUUAUCAUUCAUGUUCAACCUUGAUCUGAAUUAGCUGACCUGAUUGAAAAGUAUACUGUUGGAGGAACCCAAAUCAAAUGGAUUUUUAUGUGGUAUAUAUGUCUAAUCCCCCAAUUUGUCAAGAAAAGACUGGUUUAAUUCUAUUUCUUCAUCCUUGCACCUAAAUGAAUAUAAGAUCUGCCUCAACCUAACAAAUGUGUAAGUGCAAGAAUGGAAAGAUCCCUUUUGAAUGAGGGAAUUUGAUACUUUGAAAUUUUUUUUUUGUUUUUAUCAUGCUCUGCUCACAUAGAAAUCAUAUACUUUAUAUUUAAUAUUGUCACUGUUAAUGUUUUAGUUUAGAAGAAUUGGUAGAUUUUUCUUAAGGAAAUCUGGCUCUACAAUGCUGGAAUGGUUAUUUUUUCAUAUUUCAACAUACUUAUUUUAAUGUAUCACAACAAAAAUCAAAACUAUCUGUUCAGAAGUUAAUUCCCCAUCAAAUUAUAUAGGGGUAAGGGUGCAUAGAGAAAUUUUGUUUUUUUUGGACUCAGAAUAGUGAUGCAAUUUGAUUAUGAGAUGAAAAUGAUAAGAUGGGUUUUGGGGAAGGACUGAGCUUAGAGAUAGGCAUCAGAUAUCCCAAAUGCCACUAUAUUUACUGUCAAUAAGACUGAAAAAGGUCUGCAUUCAUUAUGGAUUUCAGGUUUAGACAGUUGUUUUUGUAAUAUUUUCAUGGAAACCUGAAAAAUGAAGCUUCUUGGAGAAGUAAAAUAAAUGAAUCUACUGUGAAAAAUUAUGUUAUCAUUCCACAUGGAUGAAAGGAAUUUGCUUAAAUACAUCCUCUGGAGAAUAAAGAGAGAUAUGAAAAGCAAUGCAUGAAACUAAGAGCCUCAUUACCCAGCCCUGAGAACUCAGUCCUGAAGAGAUCAGCUACCACUGGAUUAAAAGAUACUCCAAUGGAACGCAACCUGUUUAGGUGACUUUAUUUCUGUGUCUGGUUUACAGACUCAGAACUGGUGUGCUGAACUAGCCCCAUUAUCUGUUCCUGGACUUCAGUGGAAACAGAGGGAGGAAUUUUCCAGACAUUUAUCUCCUCCAAUGAGAUUGGACUAAGUAAACAAGUGAUGUUACAGAAAGAAUUCUGGAAUGACAAUGGACAUUUUUUUUUCUGCCUCCAUCUCUGAUGAAUCUGUGAUGUACUCUCGGUUUGCUAAUGGACUGACUACCAUUGACUCCACGACCUCAUCAGUGUUAUGAGCUACUAAUAAGUGUGAUGCAUUUUGCUAAAUUAUGGACUUCAUAAAACACAUGAACUGGGAAAAACAACUCAAGGAUUACCUUAACACAUCCUGAAAUGAGGAAGAGAGAGAAUGACACCCUUAAAAGAUGAUGUACUAAUACAUAAUGUGUAUUACUGAAUAACACACAUUAAAAUGUAAGAAAAAUGAUGUAAGGAGCUUUUACCAUGCUCUUAUUUCUUGAAAUCCCUUGUAGGUUAAUAAAAACACAGGGAAUUUUUUUUUUCUUUUUGCUUCUCAA